ACCCUGAACGUUUGCCGUACUGCUUGAUGCGCCACAAAUUACGUAAACAUGUGGAUUUCUCUUGAUCGUAAAUGCUGAUUUACCGAACUAUACAACUUCCGCCGCUUUUAACAAGACAGACGGAACGAAUAUACUGAACUAGCUGCAACAAUGGAGACCGAGAAUCGACUCAAGCGGAAAUCGAACGGGGAAAGUAAAGAGUCUGGCUCCGAGGGCUCUGAGGACGAUGACUAUGUUCCCUAUGUCCCUGUUAAAAUCAGGAAGCAGCAAAUGCUUCAAAAGAUGCUGCGCCUUCGAGGUAAAGCUGUGGAUGAGGACCUUAAAGACAGUGGAGAAGAACAGAGAGAUGAAGAGGAGGGUCUUGGUCCACGUUCCAACGUCAGUCUCCUUGACCAGCACCAGCACCUGAAGGAAAAGGCAGAAGCCCGAAAAGAGUCAGCCAAGGAGAAGCAGCUGAAGGAGGAAGAGAAGAUCCUUGAAAGUGUAGCAGAGGGCAGAGCUCUGAUGUCUGUUAAGGAAAUGGCUAAGGGCAUCAUAUAUGAUGAUCCAAUUAAAACAAGUUGGAAGGCGCCACGUUACAUUCUGAAUAUGCCAGACACUAGAAAUGAGCGGGUCAGGAAGAAGUUUCACAUCCUGGUCGAUGGCGAUGGCAUUCCUCCUCCAAUCAAAAGCUUCAGGGAGAUGAAGUUACCACCAGCGGUUUUAAAGGGUUUGAAGAAAAAGGGCAUUGUGCAUCCCACACCAAUUCAGAUUCAAGGAAUACCCACCGUUCUCUCAGGUCGAGACAUGAUUGGCAUUGCCUUCACCGGUUCUGGAAAAACUUUGGUUUUCACUUUACCAAUCAUCAUGUUUGCACUGGAGCAGGAGAAAAGGCUGCCGUUCUAUAAAAGAGAGGGACCGUACGGACUCAUCAUCUGCCCUUCAAGAGAGCUGGCCAGACAGACACACGGCAUCAUUGAGUAUUAUUGUAAACUGCUGGAGGAGGAGGGCGCUCCUCAGCUGAGAACUGCUCUCUGUAUCGGAGGAAUGUCGGUCAAGGAGCAGAUGGAAGUUGUGAAACAUGGAGUUCACAUGAUGGUUGCCACCCCUGGGAGACUCAUGGACCUGCUGCAGAAGAAGAUGGUCAGUCUGGACAUCUGUCGCUACCUGGCGCUGGAUGAAGCCGACAGGAUGAUUGACAUGGGUUUUGAGGAGGACAUUAGGACCAUCUUCUCUUAUUUUAAGGGUCAGAGGCAAACGCUGCUCUUCAGUGCCACUAUGCCAAAGAAGAUCCAGAACUUUGCCAAGAGUGCUCUGGUCAAGCCUAUCACCAUCAACGUGGGCAGGGCUGGCGCUGCCAGUUUAGACGUCAUCCAGGAAGUGGAGUAUGUCAAAGAAGAGGCGAAGAUGGUGUACCUGCUCGAGUGUCUGCAGAAAACUACCCCGCCUGUGCUGAUAUUUGCUGAGAAGAAGGCAGAUGUAGAUGCCAUUCACGAGUAUCUGUUGCUAAAAGGUGUUGAAGCUGUCGCCAUUCACGGAGGGAAAGAUCAGGAAGAGAGAACAAAAGCCAUCGAGGCCUUCAAGGAAGGGAAGAAGGAUGUGUUGGUGGCCACCGACGUGGCCUCCAAGGGUCUGGACUUCCCUGCAAUCCAGCACGUGGUGAAUUACGACAUGCCUGAGGAGAUAGAAAACUAUGUCCACAGAAUUGGAAGAACUGGGCGAUCGGGUAAAACUGGCAUUGCCACCACCUUCAUCAACAAAGGCUGUGAUGAGUCCGUCCUGAUGGAUCUGAAGGCUCUGCUGGUUGAAGCCAAGCAGAAGGUCCCUCCUGUCCUCCAGGUUCUCCAGACAGGAGACGAGACCAUGCUGGACAUCGGAGGCGAGCGAGGGUGCACCUUCUGCGGAGGUCUCGGUCAUCGCAUCACGGACUGUCCCAAACUGGAGGCCAUGCAGACCAAGCAGGUCACCAACAUCGGCAGGAAGGACUACCUGGCUCACAGCUCCAUGGACUUCUAAAGGUUUUUCAUUCCAGAACAAGCGCUGCCCCUCGGGAUCACUGAGAAGCAGCAUCGCUAUGGUGUUACCUGAUCAUGCUGUAGCUCAGAAAUGCUUCGUUCUCAUCUCUUGUUUUUGUACUAUUUGUAAAUAAACCUGCCAU